AUUGGCGCGGGCGCAUGAGUGAGAUAAGGGAACUACGGCUCGUCGGCUGUCGCUGUAAAGUGUAAUCUGUAAAGUGUAAGGUUAGGGGUUAGGCAGCGUUCGUCGCGUUGCAUUCUUGUCGGACUGCUGUCGGCACCAGCGAUUAUUCGUCGAUCGUCGGUAGUUUUGGGCCGUGGCUUUCGUUUAAAUCUAUCAUCAAUUCCUUAUGUAAUGGCGGCCCAGAACAAGCAGUACCCGAAAGACGGCCUCGUCAUCAUUUCAAUGAUGAAGGAACUGGGUAUCACCAAUUUCGAACCGAGAGUGGUGAACCAAUUGAUGGAAUUCGCAAUACGUUACGUUUCUUGCGUAUUGGACGAUGCUCGAGCGUUCGCAAAUCAUGCUAAAAAAAAGGCAAUAGACAAUGAUGAUGUUAAACUAGCCGUGAUGAUGCAGUUAGAAAAAGUAUUUACAACUCCGCCACCCAGAGAUCUUCUUCUGGAAGUGGCAAGGACAAAAAAUAGUUCCUCUUUACCACUUGUUAAGUCACAUUGUGGUUUGCGUUUACCUCCAGAUCGCUACUGUUUUUCAUCUUGUAACUAUAAACUUAAAUAUAGUAAAAGAUCGUCCGAACUCAAUAAGACCAAGUUUACAUUAAGCGGCAACAGUGGUUUAAGUUCGUCGUUGAAAGUGACUAAAAAUGCUGGUGCUGUCUCGAUGGUGAAAAGACCUCCGAAUGUCGCCAGUGUCGCCCGGACUCAGUCUUUGACUUCUCUGGCCAAACCCGUCAUGAAAAUUACCACGAGUCCGAUGAUGGUUAGUGGUCAAGCACAACAAAUGAUACAUGCAAAAGCGAAAAUUCAACAAGGGGGCCAACACCAGCAAGUACAGCAACAGUUGCAACCUCAGCAAAUAGAAGUAAAGAUUGAACCUCAAGACACAUCCGAUGAAAGCGUAAGUUUAAAAAGAAAGAGAGAAAACGAAGAGCAAGAAGAAGAAGGACACUAAAAUUUGCAUCAAAUAAGAAUUUUACAUUGAUGUAAUUGGUUAAGGAUAUUUAAUCAACAAAAAUGAAUUUAACCACAUUCUUAAAGAAAAAAACCUUAAAUUAAUUCUUUG